UUUGGGCGUUUGCCUGCUGAAUGCAAAUGAAAUUCCUUCUUCUUACCGGCAACGACACGUUCAGAAGGCAAGGGUUUUCAUCUAUUUAUGAAUCCAAUACGUAACUACCUCCCAAAACUAUAAAAAUAAAGCAUCCAUAGCAUACCACUCAGUCGUUCAGAAAAUAAAGAAAAAAAAAAAAAAAAAACGGAAGAGCGAAAAACUAACAGUAACAGGUGCUCCUGCGAGGCGCUCUCUCUCUCUCUCCGAGGGUUCUUCCGCGUAGACUGUUCUUAUGGACUGUACUAUCAGAAGCUCCUCUUUGCUUCCUCUUAGACCGACUUCUCCACUUCGAGUUUCGCAAUUCCCUAUAAAGCUAAGAUUGCAGAGAGGGAAGUGUCCGAGCUUGGUAAAGCAUUUGGGUAUUUGCAAGGCAUCGGAGUUCGAUUUAAAUGGUUGGGAGGAUGGGCUUCCGGUUCCACCGAAUAAGGUUUUCAUGGAAGAGGCAAUUGGAGCUGAAUAUGGCGAAGGUUUUGAGACUUUUAGACCAAACGGCCCUCUAAAAGUUGAUGUGGAUUUUCUAAACGACAGAUUACAGGAAGGAUUUCUUCAGAGAAUCCGCUAUGCCAUGAAGCCUGAUGAAGCUUUUGGUCUAAUUUUCUCUUGGGAAAAUGUCGUGGCAGAUAGUCGUGCCUUGAAGCUAAAUGCUUGGAAACAACUUGCCUAUGAAGAGGGAAAGGACCUUCCUGAAGAUGGUAAUGCGCAAAAAUUAAUGCUUUAUGCAGGUGCUGAUCAUGUACUGAAGAAGGUUUUGCUUUGGGACAAUGCAGGAGGUGAAUUAGACAGAUUGAAGUCUAGGCUGUCACAGUUAUAUUAUGAAAAUCUUCUUAAACUUAAUAAACCCAUGGAAGGAUUAGAAGAAUGGCUGGAUGCAGUCUCUACAGCUCGAAUCCCUUGUGCUGUUGUUUCAUGCCUUGACAGGAGAAAUUUGGUUGAAGCUCUGCAACGGAUGGGUCUAAAAAAAUAUUUCCAGGUAAUUGUGACAGAGGAAGAUGGGAUGGAAUCUAUAGCUCAUAGAUUCCUUUCUGCUUCAUUAAAGUUGGACCGGAAACCAUCAAAAUGUGUAGUUUUUGAGGAUGAUCCAAGAGGCAUAACGGCUGCUCACAACUGUACAAUGAUGGCUGUGGCAUUAAUUGGUGCUCAUCCUGCGUAUGAGCUUGUCCAAGCUGACAUUGCAGUUGCUAGCUUUAGCGAGCUUUCAGUGAUCAAUCUUCGAAGAUUAUUCGCACACAAAGGGUCUGCAUUCAUGGAUCUACAGAAGCAAAUUAUAGAAAAGGCUCCCUCUAAGAGGAAGCUUACCAUCGACACCAUCUUCUGAUUCAAUCUCCUUUUUUUUUUCCUUUUCCAUCUUUCUCCAAGUUUGGCAUGUAAUUAUGUAUUUUUGUAGGUCGCAUCUGU